AUGAUUCAAGACCUUGAAAAAUUAAUUGAAAUCCCAGAAAGUCUAAAUACAGUCGAAAGCGUAACUGAGCUAUUUUCUACUUUAAGUGUGAAAAAAUUUCAGCUUUAUCCUGAUUCUUUGAUACAAACAGAAUUACAAAGGGCAAAUCUCACUGAAGAUGACUCUAUCAAAUACGCUGCAACUUUAAUAAAUUCUAGCAUAAGCACUCAACAAAUGACUGGAGCUGUCAUAAUUCGUCGUCUUCUCUCCAAAGAAACUGGGGUUCCUUUUCAAAAAGUCAUUCAAGCUAAUAUUCUUCCUACCCUUAUCCAACUAAUCCCAUUCUCUGAUGAACAAUUUUCAUGUGAGGUUUUAUGAAUUAUCUCUAAUUUCACUGCUGGUGAUAAAAACUGCGUGGAUUAUUUAUUUUCUCAAAGAUCGUUGGAAUUAUUCAACUUUUUUUUGGAAAAAAGCAGCUCAAUAAGGAUUUUUGAACAGAUGAUGUGAGCAGUUGGAAAUAUUGCUGGGGAAGGACCUGCUUAUAGAGAUGAAAUACUUUAUCAAAUUAAUAUAGCUUAUGUAUCUCUAUAGAUCGCAUGAGCAAAAAGACAAAAACUACCCUAGUUGGAAGAUUGCCUAUUGCUGAUUUUUUGUCAAUUGGCUAGGUCUUAUUAUAGCUAUAGCUAUGCUUGAACUAUAUUCAAAAAAUCAUUUAUUUCCUGAAUACUUUUGAAAACGAUUUCUCAGAAAGAAAUAUCAAAACGAUUGCAUGGUGCAUAUAUAAUUUAAUUGCAACUAAGCCGCUCCCAGAUUCUAAUAAAAUCAGCUUAUUUCUUCCAUUUUUGCAGAAAAUCAUAAUAAAGCAUCCUCGAGAUGAAGAAACUUUGGCUGAUGCAAUGAAUUCUUAUGCUGUUAUAACUGAUAAAAUUUUCGACUUUGAAAAUUGCUUUAACAGUCAAUUUUUAUACGAAAUUCUUUCUCUUUUAGAUCAUAGCAACACCAAAAUAACUUUAUUUUCUUUAAGAACAAUUGGAAAUUACUCAACAGGUGAAAAAAUUGACAGAAAUUUUAUAUUGACUUCAGGUUUAUUCCCAAAGCUAAUUCAGUUUAUAGAUUCUGAUAAUAAAGCUGCAAAAAGAGAGGCAUAUUGAGUACUGUCGAAUCUAUAUACCUUUUAGCAAGCUUAAAAUUUGAGCUUUAAUUUAGGAGAAUUAUUAUAUUAUUAAAAAAAGAAAAUUUUUUAAUUAGCAUUGGUAUAGUUUUAGUUGGCAAUUCUUGUUUCAGCCAGUUAAUAAGUUCAUUGUUUUUUGAAAAAUUUAAAAACACAUUCGAAUUUGACAGUGAUGAAGUGAUAAAAGAAGCUAUUUGGGUUGUUUGUAAUUUUUCUACUGUUUGCAAUUUUGAACAAGCUAAAUGAAUUAUUGAGAAUGGGAUUUUAGAAAUAAUUUUGAGAAAGCUGCUCAUAGGUUCUGUUAAUGUCAAUGUAAUCUUUGAGGGGGUUUUAAAUUAUUUUAAAUUUGUUCAGCAAAUGGAUACAAAAGAAAUUUUAAAAUAUUCUGAAAUACUAGAAAAUGCCAAAAUUCAAAUAGGAAAUAAUAAAAUACUUGAAAGUAUUUUACAAAGACUGAGGGAUAUAGAUAUCAGUAACGAUAUUUCUAUGACUUAG